GCUGCCCCCUCCCCGGCUCGCUGCGGUGACAAAUCCGCUCCUCGCCCGCCUCCUCCGCCGAGCGCUCGCAGCCGAGCCGGGCGGCGCCGGGAAGCGCUGCCGCGCGGCUCUGCACCGGAGCCGGCCAGCCCCAGCCCCAGCCCCCGGCCAAGCCACAGCAGGCAGCGGCGAGGGGCGCGAUGGAGGCUCCGCGCCUGGCGCACACCAUGAGCAGCCCCACGAGCCCCUGCGAGGAGGUGAUCAAGAACCUCAGCCUGGAGGCGAUUCAGCUCUGCGAUAGGGACGGGAAUAAAUCACAAGACAGUGGGAUUGCAGAGAUGGAGGAGCUUCCAGUCCCACACAACAUCAAAAUAAGUAACAUCACGUGUGACUCCUUCAAGAUUUCUUGGGACAUGGAUUCUAAAUCCAAGGAUCGCAUUACUCAUUACUUCAUCGAUCUCAACAAGAAAGAAAACAAGAAUUCCAACAAAUUCAAACACAAGGAUGUCCCCACCAAGCUGGUGGCCAAGGCCGUUCCCCUGCCCAUGACGGUGCGUGGGCACUGGUUCCUGAGCCCCAGGACAGAGUACACGGUGGCGGUGCAGACGGCCUCCAAGCAGGUCGAUGGCGACUACGUCGUGUCUGAGUGGAGUGAAAUCAUCGAGUUCUGCACUGCAGAUUAUUCAAAAGUUCACCUAACACAGCUAUUGGAAAAAGCUGAAGUGAUUGCAGGCCGUAUGCUUAAACUGUCUGUUUUUUAUCGGAAUCAGCACAAAGAAUACUUUGAUUAUAUCAGAGAGCAUCAUGGGAAUGCUAUGCAGCCCUCUGUUAAGGAUAACAGUGGCAGCCAUGGCUCUCCAAUCAGUGGGAAGUUGGAAGGCAUCUUCUUUAGCUGCAACACUGAGUUUAACACUGGGAAGCCACCCCAAGAUUCACCCUAUGGAAGAUACAGGUAUGAGAUUGCAGCUGAAAAACUCUUCAACCCAAAUACUAACUUGUACUUUGGAGACUUCUACUGCAUGUACACAGCCUACCACUACGUCAUCCUCGUGAUCGCCCCGGUGGGGUCACCUGGAGAUGAGUUCUGUAAGCAGCGCCUUCCCCAGCUGAACAUAAAAGAUAACAAAUUUCUGACCUGCGACGAGGAAGACGGGGUCAUGGUUUACCAUCAUGCCCAGGAUGUUAUUUUGGAAGUAAUUUACACUGAUCCUGUGGAUCUCUCCCUUGGCACAGUUGCUGAAAUUACUGGUCACCAACUAAUGAGCUUGUCUACUGCAAAUGCAAAGAAAGAUCCCAGCUGCAAGACCUGCAAUAUCAGCGUUGGACGUUAAAACUGCCCUCGUUCCUUAGGAGUCUUCAAACCUCUGUUGUCCAUUUCCAUAGUCAGACAGUUCUGUCGGAAGCAUGCACAUGCCGCUGUCACCAAAAGCAACUACCGGUCUUCAAAACCUCCAAUAGCCUUCUUAGGACCCCUUCUCUCCCUCUUUCCCUUCUGUUCCCCCGAUGCUUUAAAUGAUUAGAAGUCCUGGAUUUCUUUCUGGCAACCGUUUAUACCUAGAUGCUGCAAAAAUUGUUUCUGUUUCUUGCCAAACAUAACAAAAUCCUCUAUAAACUGCUUUAGCAAAAUAAAAAUAACGGCUUAUAAAUGGUGUUUAAAUAUGCAUUCAUUUUAACUACUGAACAAGUACUGGGAUAACUGAACAGCAUGAAAGGUUGUAAUUGCAGCAUGAUUUGAAUUUCAGAGCCUAGAAAUGUCAGCACUUCCAACGUGUUGUUUGACAGUGUUAUUUAUGUUAUUUAUAUUAGCUAACUGAAAACAGAAACUGUGUCUCGACAUAAUAAAUAUAAUAGAAAAAUAUUUUAUUUGUACUGUUGUAUAAAAUAUUAUACAAUCAUAUAGAAUAUAUAGAUUACAUUUUAAUAUCAAUUGUAUACAUGUCAUUAAAUCAUUUUCCCUUAUCAAAGAUGUAGUUUGUAAACUUCAAAUAGCUCUGUAUCUGUUCCUGUUGCUCUAGAUGACUUUAAUUAAAACAGAUUUAUGAAGACCA